UUUCCUGUCCCCAUCUAACCGUCUGUCCACUCUUUUCUCUAUUGUUUCUUUUCCCUUCUAUUGUCAGCUUAAAAACCCUCUCUCCCCCCUUCUCUCCCAAUAUUCCAAAAUCAAAAGCUACACUUCAUCCCUCCCAAAAAAAAACAAUUUUCUUUCUUCUUCAUCAUCACCAUUGUUAUUAUCAUGACCGGUAAAAGAAGUCAAAAUAGCCCGGUUGGAAGUCCGUUAUCGGGAAACACGUCCGAUAACUCAUCUAAAGAACUAGACAAGUUCCUCCCUAUAGCCAAUGUUAGUAGAAUAAUGAAAAAAUCCCUCCCAGCCAACGCGAAAAUCUCCAAAGAAGCCAAAGAGACCGUUCAAGAAUGUGUCUCUGAGUUCAUUAGCUUCAUCACGGGCGAAGCAUCGGAUAAAUGUCAGAGAGAGAAGAGGAAGACUAUCAAUGGAGAUGAUCUUUUAUGGGCCAUGACAACAUUAGGGUUUGAAAAUUAUGUUUUACCCUUAAAAAGUUAUCUCAAUAAGUAUAGAGAGAGUGAAGGUGAAAAAAGUAUCAUGGCUAGAAAUGAUCAAGAAACUUCCCGUGAACCAAUGACUAGUACUGGUACUAGUUAUAAUAAUGUUACAAAAUUCUCAUUAGCAAGGCCUGAAUUUAUUCAGAGGUUUAAUGAGAAUUUUUCAUCACAAAAUUAUGGAGAUAAUUAUGGUGAGAAUUUGACAUCUAAAGCUAGUCUUCAUGGGGUUGAAUGGUAGACUUUUUUUUUUUUUUUUGUGGAAAUUAUUGUUAAAAGGUUAUGUCCUUCUUUCUUAAUUAACAUAUUGCAUACUCUCUUUCUAUGUUAUCUUUAUCUUUUACAA